UCUGUCAAUGUGACAGACUGAAGAGUGCAGAAGAAGUUGAGAUUUGAAGUAUCAAGCCAGCUGGAAGCUGCAUUAAAGCAAAGUGCGUGGAAGGAACAUGUUAGGUUGUGUGUGAACAUUCUGAAAAGGUGUUUUAACUAUACUUCAAGUCUGUGAUAUUUUCUGCUUUCAGGAGAAACGUCGGAUCCAGGAGGAACAGGAGCGAGCCAGGAGAGAGAUUGAGGAUGAGAGACUGAGACUUCAGCAGCUGAAGAGGAAGUCCCUCAGAGACCAGUGGCUGAUGGAAGGACCUCCUGCAUCUCCUGACAGUACGGGACCCCGAUCGCCCCUCUGGGGCCCUAAGGUUCAGGAGAUAGAGACGCACAUUAACAAAUUACAGGUGACGUCUGAGCAGUUGGCAGAGGAAGAAUCCAAAUUGAAGAAACUCAUUGAAGACGGUUCCAAUCAAACUGGCACAGACGCUCAGACACAACAUAAGGGAGAGGUCGUGGUGGAGCCAGUGGGAGCAGCAAUUGCUGAGACGGCCCCUAAUGGACCUAUCGUGGAGAACGGAAAAGAAGAAGAGAAAGAUGAUUCUGUGCAUGCUGAAAAUCACGAGGUGGAAGAAGCAGGAAUGCUCAGUGAUGUUACAACAGAAACAGCUGCUCUUAACGGAAAUGUGGAAGGAGAAACAUCACACAAUACUCCAGGAGAGGAAGAACAUGCUUCUGCUAACGGCUUCAACAGCCACCCUGCUGAAGGACUAGGUGCUGCUGGUGGUGUAACUAUGACCUUCCUUGGCUUCAAGGAGGUGGAGCUCGGGCAGAGGGUGGAUGAGGAUGAUGACGGCGGAGCAAUUAUUCGAGCAGAAAGAAUCAUCAUCACAGACGAAGGGGAAGAAAUCCCAGAGGAGGAUGACGAAACUGCUCAAGAACCUACUACAGAGGCUACAAAUGAAGACACAUCCGGAAACGCCGAAGAAAAUGGUGCUGAGGAAGAGACGGAGAACCAUCCGGAAGCUUCUGCUGAACCAGAGCAGACAGAAGUGAUUGAAGAUCCUCCUGCUGAGAUAGUUACAGAUGUAGCAGUGGAAGGCGAGACAAAAGAUCUUCAAGAUCUUGAGGAAGAGGAGAAAGAUUCGACUGAUAUGCAACCCCAGAAUGUGACAGUAGAUGGCGCUAUUGAGGCAUCCCAUGUUCCAAUGUAUUCCACAACACAACCAUCUCCAAAAAUCAGACCGAAAGUCGAAGCAAACACAACAGAGUCACAAACCCCAAAAGACGAGGAGGUCACGCCUGCCAUGCGCAUCUCGCUCAGCCAAUUUCAGGAGGUUCCACUGGAUGGCGCCGGAGAGACGGCGGAGUCCAACACCAAGGCAGAAACCGAGAAACAGCGUGCUGAACAAGAGCCUCUGCUCCUCUCCAAAGCAGCGGCUCAGCUGGAAACCAGCGCCCCAAAUCGAGCAGAGGACGCAAGUGCACCAAAACAAAAAGCCUGCCAAUGCUGUUCGAUCAUGUGAACAAUCUGUUGACGUCUGACUGUGAUUUUUUUUAUUCUCCAUUCAUUUUCAUCUCGUCUGUUACUCUGAAUAUAGAGUUUCUAUUUCAUGACAUUCAUAUUUUGAUCUUCGGCGGUUCACAUCUACAGUAAACUUGCUGCUUUGCGGUGGCAUCAAAGCACAAAGUGUUUAUUAUGAACUGAAGCCUUUAAGACUUGCAUUGCCUUCACUGUAUUGAAUUCCCAUAACUCUUUUCUGUGUAAGAAGAUGAUUUGAAAAGCACAUUGCCUUGCAGGAAAGGACUGGAAAAGUGGAUGUUGUUGUUGAUGUGUCACCAUUGGUUGCAGUCCCAGCCUCUGGUGUCUGAUUAUGAUCCUGUUUUUAUGUCUGGCGACUCUAGAGCGUUGGCUGCCGACCCACAGAGGCCUUGACGGUUUUAACACUACCAUAUAAAAAUAUUUUGUUUUUCUCAGUACUGUGGGAAUGAACCCACGCGGGUAAUUAAUUCUCAUCCUACAAUAGUUGUGACAUUCUCUAUUAUAAACCAUUUGUGUGCCUUGUUUAUGCAUCAAAACAAAGAGACAGCAAAGAGACGGAAUGGUUACCUGUGAUUUUAUACAUGCUGUAACAUCUACAGAGAUUUUUUAUUUUUGAUGUGAGUUUCAGUUUGAUUGCUUUUAUUGUUACGGUGCCUUCAACUGCUCGAUGGAAGUGUUUUUAGACCUUAACGGCAUAGUUCACCCAAAAUGGAAAAGUUAUGUUUCGUGUUGUUGCAAAGAAAGUUUUUCUUCUGCAGAACACACAAGAUAUUUUGAAUAGUGUUUCAAUAGGG